AUGCCUCCAACAAGCCUCAAGACACUAGUUCUCCUGGGCGCUCUGCUGACUGGACCCCUGGGCCCAGCAGGUGGCCAGGACGCACCCUCACUGCCCUGGGAAGUGCAGCGCUACGACGGCUGGUUUAAUAAUCUGAAGUACCACCAGCGCGGUGCUGCUGGCUCACAGCUGCGUCGCCUAAUACCAGCUAAUUAUGCUGACGGUGUUUAUCAGGCUCUGGAGGAGCCGUUACUGCCCAACCCUCGCCGGCUAAGCGAUGCUGUCACCAAGGGCAAAGCAGGGUUACCCUCGGUCCACAACCGCACAGUGCUGGGGGUCUUCUUUGGCUACCACGUGCUCUCAGACCUGGUGAGUGUGGAAACACCAGGCUGCCCCGCAGAGUUCCUCAACAUUUACAUCCCGCNUGGGGACCCGGUGUUCGACCCUGACAAGCGCGGGAACGUGGUGCUGCCCUUUCAGAGGAGCCGCUGGGACCCCAAGACCGGACAGAGCCCCAGCAACCCCCGGGACCAGAGCAACCAGGUGACCGGCUGGCUGGAUGGCAGCGCCAUCUAUGGCUCCUCUCAUUCCUGGAGUGACACUCUGAGGAGCUUCUCUGGAGGACAGCUGGCUUCUGGGCCUGACCCUGCUUUCCCGCGGAACUCCCAGAGCUCUCUGCUCAUGUGGAUGGCGCCAGACCCCUCCACGGGGCAGGGAGGGUCACAGGGGGUUUAUGCCUUCGGGGCUCAGCGCGGGAACAGGGAACCCUUUCUGCAGGCUCUGGGCUUGUUGUGGUUUCGCUACCACAACCUGUGUGCCAGGAAGCUGGCUCAGGAGCAUCCGCACUGGGGGGAUGAGGAGCUGUUCCAGCAUGCCCGCAAGAGGGUCAUUGCCACCUACCAGAACAUUGCUCUAUACCAAUGGCUACCCAGCUUCCUGCAGAAAACUCCUCCAGAGUAUUCAGGGUACCGCCCUUUCAUGGACCCCAGCAUCUCCCCGGAGUUUGUGGUGGCCUCUGAGCAGUUCCUCUCUACUAUGGUGCCCCCUGGGGUCUACAUGAGAGACUCCAACUGUCAUUUCCGGAAAUUCCCGAAGGAAGGUUCCGACAGCUCUCCGGCUCUCAGGGUCUGCAACAGCUACUGGAUUCGGGAGAACCCCAAUCUGAAGACUGCUCAAGAUGUAGAUCAGCUGCUGCUGGGAAUGGCUUCCCAGAUCUCAGAGCUGGAGGACAGGAUAGUGAUUGAAGACCUGAGAGAUUACUGGCCUGGCCCAGAGAGAUUCUCUCGCACAGACUACGUGGCUAGCAGUAUCCAGCGUGGCCGGGAUAUGGGGCUGCCCAGUUAUAGCCAGGCUCUGCUGGCCUUGGGACUGGAGCCUCCUAAGAACUGGAGUGCUCUCAAUCCCCAAGUAGAACCCCAGGUGCUGGAGGCCACAGCUGCUCUGUACAACCAGGACCUGUCCCAGUUGGAACUGCUCCUGGGUGGACUCCUGGAGAGCCACGGGGACCCCGGACCUCUAUUCAGCAACAUCAUUCUUGACCAGUUUGUGAGGCUCCGGGAUGGUGAUCGCUACUGGUUUGAGAACACUAGGAAUGGGCUGUUCUCCGAGGAGGAGAUUGCAGAAAUCAGAAACACCACCUUGCGGGAUGUACUGGUAGCUGUCUCCAACGUGGACCCCAGUACCUUGCAACCCAACGUUUUCUUCUGGCAGGAAGGUGCACCCUGCCCACAGCCUCAGCAACUCACAACGGAAGGCUUGCCCCAGUGUGUGCCUGUUACUGUGAUUGACUACUUCGAAGGCAGUGGUGCUGGCUAUGGUGUCACCCUCGUGGCUGUCUGCUGCUUUCCAUUAGUGAGUCUGAUUGUCGCUGGGGUGGUGGCUCAUUUCCGGGACCGAGAACGCAAGAUGCUACUAAAGAAAGGCAAAGAGAGUCUGAAGAAGCAACCAGCCAGUGACGGGGUACCAGCAAUGGAGUGGCCGGGCCCCAAGGAGAAGAGCUAUCCAGUCACUCUCCAGCUGCUUCCAGACAGAAGUCUGCAGGUCCUUGACAGACGGUUCACCGUGCUUCGGACCAUCCAACUGCAGCCCUCACAGCAGGUCAACCUCAUCCUGUCCAGCAAUGGUGGACGCCGCACCCUGCUACUCAAGAUCCCCAAGGAGUAUGACCUGGUGCUGAUGUUUAACUCUGAAGAGGACCGGGGUGCCUUCGUGCGGCUGCUGCAAGACCUCUGUAUCCGCUGCACUCCCGGCCUCCACAUAGCUGAGGUGGAUGAGAAAGAGCUAUUGAAAAAGGCCGUGACCAAGCAGCAGCGGGCAGGCAUCUUGGAGAUCUUCUUCAGACAGCUUUUUGCUCAGGUGCUGGACAUCAACCAGGCUGAUGCAGGGACUCUGCCCCUGGACUCAUCCCAGCAAGUGCGUGAGGCUCUGACCUGUGAGCUGAGCAGAGCUGAGUUUGCGGACUCCCUAGGCCUCAAGCCCCAAGACAUGUUUGUGGAGUCCAUGUUUUCUCUGGCCGACAAGGAUGGCAAUGGCUACAUAUCCUUCCGGGAGUUCCUGGACAUCCUGGUGGUCUUCAUGAAAGGUUCCCCAGAGGAUAAGUCCCGCCUGAUGUUUACCAUGUAUGACCUGGAUGGGAACGGCUUCCUCUCCAAGAACGAGUUCUUCACCAUGAUGCGGUCCUUCAUUGAGAUCUCCAACAACUGCCUGUCCAAGACCCAGCUGGCUGAGGUGGUUGAGUCCAUGUUCCGGGAGUCAGGCUUCCAGGACAAGGAGGAGCUGACCUGGGAGGACUUCCACUUCAUGCUGCGGGACCACGACAGUGAUCUCCAAUUCACGAAGCUCUGUGUCAAAGGUGGAGCUGGAGACACCAGGGACAUCUUUACAAAAAGCGGUGCCUGUCGAGUCUCGUUCAUCACCCGGACUCCUGGGAACAGGGUAACGGGGCCCUCUCCCCGGCUGUACACGGAGGCACUGCAGGAGAAAAAACAGAGUGGCUUCCUGGCCCAGAAGUUCAAGCAGUUCAAGCGAUUUGUGGAAAACUACCGGCGCCACAUUGUGUGUGUUACAAUCUUCUCAGCCAUCUGCAUAGGCCUGUUUGUGGACCGUGCCUACUACUAUGGCUUUGCCUCACCACCCACGGACAUCGAAGAAACCACCUAUGUGGGGAUCAUCCUGUCCCGGGGCACGGCGGCCAGCGUCUCCUUCAUGUUCUCCUACAUCCUGCUCACCAUGUGCCGCAACCUCAUCACCUUCUUGCGGGAGACCUUCCUCAACCGCUACAUCCCCUUCGAUGCGGCCGUGGACUUCCAUCGCUGGAUUGCUAUAGCUGCGGUUAUCCUAGCCAUUCUGCACAGUGUUGGACAUGCAGUCAAUGUGUACAUUUUCUCAGUCAGUCCCCUCAGCCUGAUGGCCUGCGUCUUCCCUAACGUCUUUGUGAAUGAUGGGUCCAAGUUUCCCCCAAAGUACUACUGGUGGUUCUUUGAGACAGUUCCAGGUAUGACAGGAGUCCUCCUGCUCCUGGUCCUGGCCAUCAUGUAUGUCUUCGCCUCCCACCACUUCCGCCGCCGCAGUUUCCGGGGUUUCUGGCUGACCCACCACCUCUAUGUUGUGCUUUAUAUCCUGAUCAUCAUCCACGGCAGCUAUGCCCUCAUCCAAUUACCCAGCUUCCACAUCUACUUCCUGGUCCCGGCAAUUAUCUAUGGAGGGGACAAGCUGGUGAGCCUGAGCCGGAAGAAGGUGGAGAUCAGCGUGGUGAAGGCGGAGCUGCUGCCAUCAGGGGUGACCUACUUGCAGUUCCAGAGGCCCAAGACGUUUGAGUACAAAUCAGGGCAGUGGGUGCGAAUCGCCUGCCUGGAUCUGGGUACCAAUGAGUACCAUCCCUUCACGCUGACCUCUGCACCCCACGAGGACACGCUCAGCCUGCACAUCCGGGCUGUGGGACCUUGGACUACUCGCCUCAGAGAGAUCUACUCACCCCCAGCGGGUGGGACCUGUACCAGAUACCCAAAGCUGUACCUUGAUGGACCGUUUGGAGAGGGCCACCAGGAGUGGCAUAAGUUUGAGGUGUCAGUGCUGGUAGGAGGGGGCAUUGGGGUCACCCCCUUUGCCUCCAUCCUCAAAGACCUGGUCUUCAAAUCGUCCAUGGGCAGUCAGAUGCUCUGUAAGAAGAUCUACUUCAUCUGGGUGACAAGGACUCAGCGGCAGUUUGAGUGGCUGGCUGACAUCAUCCGGGAGGUGGAAGAGAAUGACCACCAGGACCUGGUGUCUGUGCACAUCUACAUUACUCAGCUGGCUGAGAAGUUCGACCUCAGGACCACCAUGCUGUACAUCUGUGAGCGGCACUUCCAGAAGACGCUGAACAGGAGUUUGUUCACGGGCCUGCGUUCCAUCACCCACUUCGGCCGCCCUCCCUUUGAGCUCUUCUUCAACUCUCUGCAGGAAGUCCAUCCACAGGUACAUAAGAUUGGAGUCUUCAGCUGUGGUCCUCCAGGGAUGACCAAGAAUGUGGAGAAGGCCUGUCAGCUCAUCAACAGGCAGGACCAGGCCCACUUUGUGCAUCAUUAUGAGAACUUCUGA